CCGGCGCCGGUUCGGCCCGCAGCGGGAUGGCGGCGGCGGGGCGUGUGGCGGGGGCGCUGCGCGAGGCGGGCUCGCUGCGGUUCGGUGACUUCGUGCUGAAGAGCGGCCGCGCCUCCCCCGUGUACAUCGACCUGCGCUGCCUCGUGUCGCACCCGCGCCUCCUCCGGCAGGUUGCAGAUCUUCUGUUCCAAGCAGCCAAAGAUGCCGGUGUGCAGUAUGACUGCGUGUGUGGUGUUCCUUACACUGCGCUGCCGUUGGCCACAAUUAUCUGCUCAGAAAAGCAGGUUCCGAUGCUUAUACGGAGGAAGGAAGCAAAAGACUAUGGUACUAAGCGGCUGGUAGAAGGCACGAUUAAUCCAGGAGAAACAUGCUUGAUCAUUGAAGAUGUGGUAACAAGUGGAUCUAGUGUACUCGAAACUGCAGAAGUUCUUCAGAAAGAAGGAUUAAAAGUCACAGAUGCCGUAGUGCUGUUGGACAGGGAGCAGGGUGGGAAGGCCAGGUUAGAGGAAUGUGGAAUUCGCCUGCACUCUGUGUGCACAUUGUCCGGGGUGUUGGAGGUCCUCCAGCAGCAAGGAGAAGUGUCUGUUGAAAUGGUUGAAAAGGUGAAGAAUUUCAUUGAGGGAAAUGUGUUUGCGCCAGUGGCUCAGAAUGGCCCUGCUCCUUUGAAGAGGCUAUGCAAAGAGCUGAGCUUCAGUGCUCGUGCCAAGCUGCCGGGGGUACAUCCUGUUGCAGCCAGGCUUCUUGCGCUCAUGGGAAAGAAGCAAACAAAUUUGUGCCUUUCUGCUGAUGUCACUAGCUCCAAAGAGCUGCUGCAGUUAGCUGCCACCCUGGGCCCCAGCAUUUGUAUCCUGAAGACUCAUAUAGACAUCCUGAAUGAUUACACACAAGAAGUAGUAAAGGAGUUAAGAACACUCGCAGAUCGACACGAGUUCUUGAUUUUUGAAGACAGGAAAUUCGCAGACAUUGGAAACACAGUGAAACAUCAGUAUGAAGGUGGUGUGUUUAGAAUUGCAUCCUGGUCAGACAUCAUUAAUGCCCAUGUGGUUCCAGGCUCUGGAGUUGUUAAAGGUCUGAAGGAAGUAGGUCUUCCUCUCCAGCGUGGCUGUCUUCUGAUCGCUGAGAUGAGUUCCCAAGGGUCACUUAUAACUGCCGAAUACACAAAAGCUGCAGUACAGAUGGCUGAAGACAACUCUGAUUUUGUUUUUGGAUUCAUAUCUACAUCUAGAGUUAGUAAUAAACCAGAAUUUCUUCACUUAACUCCAGGGGUGCAGCUGCAAACUGGAGGUGAUAACCUUGGACAGAAGUACCUAAGCCCCAAGGAAGUUAUUGGCGAAAAAGGUUCGGAUAUCGUUAUUGUGGGACGUGGCAUCUUGUCAGCUUCAGACCGUCUUCAAGAAGCAGAGAAGUACAGAAAAGCAGCUUGGGAGAGCUACUUAAACAGACUUGGUAUUCAUGCAGAAGAUUGAAAGUAGGCUGCUUUGCUGGUCCAUAAGCAAAGCUGGUGGAGCUUCAAUCAUCGUGAGACUUCCAGUUAAAUAUAUAGACACUUCAGCCAGUAGAAAACUGCCCUUUUGGAGAACUGUUACUGACUAAAUUAUUUUCAGUUGUUAUCACACAGAUUAAGUUGUACACACCAUGGUUCUGUUUUUUAAUAGUAAGAAUGUAUGAAAUCAAAACUUUAUGCUCAGUCUUAAAAAAGCUUUUCUCUGUUGAAAAACAUUGCAUGAAACACUCCAAGGGUAUUUGGUUGGCUGUUGUUGCUUUUCUUUCUUUUCCUCACCCUCAAAUUCCUUAUGGCUAUGGGAACAGUAUUUUAGUGUUCUUAAUAAACUUCCGUUGCAGACCUGACCUGCUGCCCCACUCUCACAGGAUUACUCAGCUCUGCUAUUUCCAAGGAGCAAGUAUGUAUGGGCCUUAAUCCGACACUGUGAAAUUGAAUAAUGUGGUGUUUAAUAAAUACUUUUGCUACUGUUUUC